AAACUAUUUUACCUGAAACAUAUAAUAUGGAGUAUUAAGCCAGUUAGAAACACAGAAGAUUUAGAUAUAAGAGAUAGGCAGCCAAGUCCUCUUGCAAAAUCGGAGACAUUGAUCUCAGCAGAUUUUUUUGAUUUUUCAAAACAUCCUAAUUUGAUUGUGUACGUGUUGGACAGUCAAAAUCCAAUUAAUUUGAGGAAUCUGUAUGAAGGGAAUCACAAUGUGAGUUGGGAAGAGGACUUUAUUCAAGUUUUCAUAGUGUUAGAUAACAUAAAUUCACCGGAAAACAAAGACAUAAUAGUAAAGGCUAAACGUAAAGAAAAAGCAAUAAAAACCAAUAACUAUGAAACGGUGGGCGGAUAUACGUUCAUAACGGACGAUUUCGGACGCCCUGUCAACAAGUAUUUAGACGAGCCUUUUCCUUUGGCAACCGGACCAGCUAGGCGGUGUAAUCACGGCCCAUCAAUUGCAUUACAGACAUACACCCUUGCUUCGAUCAUAUUAUUAAAGGAUAACGAUAUGCUAUGGCUCGCAAUAAUAGGUCACACGAGUCUUUUCGUGUCUAAAAGAAUAAAUCUUGUAGAAUAUAAUAAAAUGAUCGGAUUUUUGGACGCCGAAGUUAUGGAUUUGAAUAAUUCUGACAGC